GUAAGAUCGCUGAUGAAGCAAGUGAUAUUUGUAAUGAAGCAAGUGAGAUCGUUGAUGAAUCAAGUGAGAUCGUGGAUGAAGCAUGUGAGAUCGUUGAUAAAUUAAAUGAGAUCGUUUAUGAAGCAUGUGAGAUUUUUGAUGAAUCAUGUGAGAUCGUUGAUGAAGCAGGUGAGAUUAUUGAGAAAGCAGGUGAUAUCUGCUUAGGAGCAAGUGAGAUUGUUGAUGAAGCAGAUGAGAUUGUUGAUGAAGCAGGUGAGAUUGCUGUUGAAGCAAGUGAUAUUUUUCAUGAAGCAAGUGAGAUUGUUGAUGAGGCAGGUGAGAUUGUUGAUGAGGCAUUUGAGAUCGUUGAUGAAGCAUGUGGGAUUGUUGAUGAAGCAUGUGAGAUCGCUGUUGAAUCAUGUGAUAUUUUGCAUGAAGCAAGUGAGAUUGCUGUUGAAGCAAGUGAUAUUUUUCAUGAAGCAAGUGAGAUUGUUGAUGAAGCAAGUGAGAUUGGUGAUGAAGCAAGUGAUAUUGUUGAUGAGGCAUUUGAGAUCGUUGAUGAAGCAUGUGGGAUUGUUGAUGAAGCAUGUGAGAUCAUUGAUGAAGAAUAUGAGAUCGGUGUUGAAGCAAAUGAGAUUGUUGAUGAAGCAGGUGAGAUUGCUGUUGAAGCAAGUGAGAUCUUUGAUAAAACAUGUGAGAUUGCUGAGGAAUUAUGUGAGAUCGUUGUUGAAGCCGCAGGUGAGAUCGUUGAUGAAGCAGGUGAGAUUAUUGAGAAAGCAGGUGAUAUCUGCUUAGGAGCAAGUGAGAUUGUUGAUGAAGCAGAUGAGAUUGUUGAUGAAGCGUGUGAGAUCGUUUAUGAAGCAGCAUGUGAGAUUGUUGAUGAAGCAUGUGAGAUCAUUGAGGAAGCGUGUGAGAUCUGUGAUGAAGCAUUUGAGUUCGUUGAUGAAGCGUGUGAGAUCGUUUAUGAAGCAGGUGAGAUCGUUGUUGAAGCAAGUGCUAUUGUUGAUGAGGCAAGUGAGAUUGUUGAUGAAGAAGCAAGUGAGAUUGUUGAUGAAGCAGGUGAGAUCGUUGAUGAAGCGUGUGAGAUCGUAGAUGAAGCGUGUGAGAUCGUAGAUGAAGCAUGUGAGAUCUUUGAUGAAGCAGGUGAGAUCGUUGAUGAAGGAAGUGAGAUUGAUGAUGAAGCAGGUGAUAUUUUUCAUGAAGCAAGUGAGAAUUUUGAUGAAGCAGGUGAGAUUGUUGAUGAAGCAGUUGAUAUGGUUGAUGAAACAUAUCAGAUUGUUGAUGAAGCAAGUGAGAUCGUUGAUGAAGUUAAUGAGAUCGUUGAUGAAUCAGGUGAGAUCGUUGAUGAAGGAAGUGAGAUUGAUGAUGAAGCAGGUGAUAUUUUUCAUGAAGCAAGUGAGAAUUUUGAUGAAGCAGGUGAGAUUGUUGAUGAACCAGUUGAUAUGGUUGAUGAAACAUAUGAGAUUGUUGAUGAAGCAAGUGAGAUCGUUGAUGAAGUUAAUGAGAUCGUUGAUGAAUCAGCAUGUGAUAUUUUUAAUGAAGCAUGUGCGUUCGCUGAUGAAGCUAGUGAAAUCGUUAAUGAAGCAUGUGAGAUCGUUGAUGAAGCGUCUGAGAUCUGUGAUGAAGCAUUUAAGAUGGUUGAUGAAGCAUCUGAGAUCAUUGAUGAAGCAGGUGAGAUCGUUGUUGAAGCAAGUAUUUUUUUAUGUAGCAAGUGA